CUUUGACCAACCCAUUGAACUCGAGCAAACUCGAACUAUUAGAGUGGUACACUACUUGUGGACGAGAACUGAGUUAGGGGCCAAACUGUCACCUCACACACAAAAGUUACUAUGUCGUUUUGGCCGUUUACCAACUCAUUGAAUAGUAAUAAUCAGCUCCAAAAGUUCCUUGAUGGUGUGGUGGAUUUCUCAUCAAUUUCUGUAAAUGAUAUAUUUGAAGAUUCAGGACUCCUGCAGGAAUUGAUUAGUGAACUUCAUAACAUCAAGGGUAACUUUAAGAGUAAUAUUACUAAUUUUCUGCUUCUGCAACAACUUCAAUCUUCAGAUCUUAUAACUAAUGGUCAAACUGGUACAAAUUCAGAUGUUGUUUCAUUAACAUCAUCUAAUACUGAUAAUGGAGGAACAGGAAGUACUAAAGAUUCAAGAGGAGUCAAAUUAGUAGAACUUCUUCUACAACCGCAUAUACUAAAUGGAUUACUUGACUUUCUAGUAGAUAGUGUUGAUUAUUUUCAUGAUCAAACAGUUAAAGAAUUAGAAGAACUUGAAAAACUGUUAAAUGAAGGAACUAAUCAUUUAGCUUCCGAAUCGGAAUCCGAAUCUGAAACUGAGUCGGAGUCGGAGUCGGAGUCAGAAGUUAGACUGACACUUGAUCAAAAUGACAGUGUUAGUCAAACUCAUAUUGAAGAGGACGAAGAUGAUGAUACUAAUUCAAAGGAAACUAAGGAUGAAAAGUUCCGUAGAUGUGUUCAGGCCGCUUCGGAUAUCCUUUCCAUUGAUUUAUGGAUCAUUCUGAAUAGAAUUAUAGAAACACCGUCUAUUAUGAGUAAGUUAUGGCAAAUAUUACGAUUAGAUAAUUUGAAAGUCAGUAGUCCAACGGUUAAUUACUUGAUCCACAUUUUAGAUCAACUUAUGGAUACAAACAGUAUAGAGUUAUUAAAUUUCAUAAGGCGACAAGAUGAUUUAGUAGAUACAUUUUUAGAAAAAGUAGAGAUUCCUAUGCUUAUGGAUUUCUUUUUAAGAAUAAUUCAAACUGAUAAACCUCAAUCUCCUACGGGAAUAAUUGAAACAUUAUCCCUGCAAAAUUUAAUUCCUAAACUUAUUGAAAUCUUAAAACCUCAUCCAUCACAAUUUGUUAAGGAUAGUAAAAUUCCUAAUCAUGAUUUGUUUUUCAAACAAACUGCUAGUACUGAUUUUAUUAAGGCACUUGUGACAAUUUCUUCUAAUACAGCAUUGGCGGUAGUAUUAGAAACCAAUAUUGGACCUAAUCAAUUAACUAGAGAAUUGGUAUCCCCUCCUAUUAUUAAAAGUAUAAUAAAUGAUAUAAUGUUAUACAAACCACCAUCACCAUCAAUAGACGAUAAUAAUAAUAAUAAUAAUAAUCCACGACCAACAAAUAAACACGGUAUAAGUAAUUGUGUGGGGAUUAUAAUAGAACUUAUUCGGAAAAACAAUUCCGAUUAUGACUUAUACUGUGGAUCAUAUGGAGAAUUAAUUCAGAAUGGUGAAAAUGGACCUAGUGAAGUCAAUUCAUUUGUAAUGUUUCAAUGGUUAAAAGAUUUUGAUCAAAAUCCUCCAGGUCCAAGAGAUCCAGUUUACCUUGGAGAUAUGCUUACAUUAUUUUCUGAAAAUCUUGAUAAAUUUGCAGAAUUAUUGGAUGAAAAUCCUAUUCCUCCUGAUAAUGUUAUUGGAGAAGUAUUAGGAUUUACACGAUUUAAAAUAUCGGAAUUAGUUGCUGAAUUACUUCAUUGUUCAAAUAUGAUAUUACUCAAUAGUAAGAAGAUUAAAAAGAUUAUUAAAAUAAGAGAUCAUAUACGAUCUCAACAAAAGAAGAGAAUUAAGAAAGCUUUAAAUGAGACUAUUGACUUUCCUGAAGCAUCAGAUGAAUCUAUUCAAGAUGUUACUAUGGGACUUGAUGAUGUAUCAUUAGAUGAUAUACAUUUUGAAAAUGAAUCAUCAUCUGAUGGGAAUUAUAGAAGUAUUAUUGAAUCAUUAGAUGCAAUUGAAGAUUCAGAAGAUGAAGAACCUGCCAUAUCUCCUGAAAAUCCUUUUGUAUGUGAAGAAAGAGAUCAAACUAUUCGUCUUAAUCCAUGUAUAGGAGAUUAUUUCAAGAUUAAAUUAAUUGAUCUGAAAAUCUUACUAGAUGUUAUAACCAUGUUUACUCAAUUCCCCUGGCACAAUUUCUUUCAUAAUGUCGUGUUUGAUUUGAUUCAACAGAUUUUUAAUGGGAAAUUGAAUUCAUACAAUUCAUUUCUCAUUGUGGAAUUAUUUAAACCCGAUAAAUGUAAUCUAAUUGAUUUAAUAGUUGAAAAAUAUAAGGAAGAUAUUGAACCCAAACCUGGAUAUAGAGGACAUUUAAUUCUUAUUAGUGAAGAAAUUGUUAAAUUCACAUCUUUAUAUAAACCUGAUUUAAUAUCACCUAUUAUUGUGGAUGCUAUAUCAUUAGAAGAAUGGGAUUGGUUUGUUGAAGAAGUAUUAUUAAAGACUAGAGAAGUUUAUAAUGUAGUACUUGGAGCUGAACCAGAAGAAUCAGAAAAUGGUAAAAUAGAUGGUGAUGCCUUUGAUGCAUCUACAGUGGGAUACCUUGACUUGGAUUCUUAUGAGAAUAAUAAUAAGAAUCUCAUCAUUCUUGGUGAUAGCUCUAAUCAUGAAUUAUUUAUUCAUGACAAAUCAGCUGAUCAUGAUCAUGAAGAUGAAGAUGAAGACGAUGACCAUGAUCACGAAGAUGAAGAUGAAGAUGAUGAGGAUGAUGAUGAUGAUGAUGAUUCCAUGGAUGAAUUGGAUAUCCCCGAUGUCAGAAUCCAGAAUAUGUCCCCCACCGGAAACAUUGGCCGGAAUGAAAAUCGAAUUGAUGAUGAGUAUGAUCAUCGGGGAGGUUUCCAAACGGACUAUCAUGAGAAUGACUUUCUCGAACAUCUCUCAGGAUCUAGUUCAUCGGACGAUGAGGAUGAUGAGCACAGUAAUGAAUUACGAAGAGUUCCAAAACACAAUGAAUAGAAUUCAUGGCAUUAAUUAUUAAUUAUUAAUUAUUAAUUAUUAAUUAUUUAUUAUCUAUAUAUAUUGAUAUUUAUUCACAUACUUAAUACAAAAAUACAUCUUAGUCUAAUUCUUACUUUACUUUACUUUACUUUACUUUACUUUACUUU